CACAUGCACAUGCAUGAGCGCGCACUUGACACCUGUUAGCGCUCGCUGCGCGCGCUUCUGAUGCGUGCCAUUGUUGUGACUCGCGCUACGUGGACUACCUCAAAACUCUGACGCCAGGUCGCCAUGGAAACUGCUUUAAGCUGCGGCUCCGAGAGAGCAGAAGGUGUGGGAUAUUUAAGAGUUUGAGAAGCGCGAUCCGGCUCCUGCAGCACUGCCCAGCCUCGGAGCACAGCCUGAUGAACCCGACACGACUGACAUCACUGUCGGAUUAACACACGAUUCUGCUCAUCCAGCGAUCUUGUGAACAUAAUAGAGAUGGAAGAUGAUCGCCGGUUUCACAAACUGACACAAGAACAGGUGGAGAAUUUGGACCAAGUUCUUACAGAGGUCAUUCCCAUUCAUGGUAGGGGUAAUUUCCCAACCCUUGAAAUCAAGCCUAAAGACAUAAUCCACGUGGUCAGAGACAGACUGAUUUUGAAGAAGAUCAAGGUGAGAGAUGUCCGUCUCAAUGGCUCUACAGCCAGUCAUGUGCUGGUCAAAGAGAAUGGCACCAGCUACAAAGACUUGGAUAUCAUCUUUGGUGUGGAGCUUCCCAAACCGGAGGACUUCCAGAUUAUCAAGGAGGUGGUUUUGGGCUGUCUGCUGGACUUUCUACCUAAAGGUGUCAACAAAGAUAAGAUUACAGCUCUCACCAUGAAAGAGGCAUAUGUACAAAAAAUGGUCAAGGUGUUCACUGAGCAUGACCGUUGGAGCCUUAUCUCCCUUUCAAACAACAGCGGUAAGAAUGUGGAACUCAAGUUUGUCAACUCUUUACGACGCCAGUUUGAAUUCAGUGUGGAUUCCUUUCAGAUCAUCUUGGACAGUAUGCUACAGUCUUAUUUGGAUGCUGAAAGGAGGAAGAUUGUGGAAGGGCAAGAGGGCCAAGAUUCUACUUUAACUCAAAGUCAAGGAAUUCAGACAGCCCUAAUUGAUGAACCACUCCUCAGCUCAAGUGACACAGGGAAUCACCAGGAAAGUGACAUCGACAUGUGCUGUGAAACUGAUAAUAUUCAGACUUUUCUUGACUCUCAGUGUUAUUGUAAAAUUAGUCAGAAAGAGCAGUCUAAAUAUUUAGAAAGAGAACCAACACUUGAAACAGACAAAGAUGUUGAAACAGACAUGGUUCAAACAACAACUACGGCUGUGUCUAUGGAACAGGUAUCUGAGCACUCUGUAAUGGUGCAUGUGGAGGAAAAGAAUGAACUUCAUGAAAAUGUGUCUUUGCAAACUGAGACACUGCUCGAAGUAAAUACAAAUGAAACAGAUAUGCACUCAGGGGAGAGAAAUGAACUAGUUGGGGUAAAAACUAUGUCUGUUAAGGAAACAAAUCCCAAUGUUAAAACAUAUAUUGAUGAAACAGAUUCUGACAAAACAGAAUACAUGUUAGACGUAGAGCAAGUUAAAUCCCAACCAUGGCUUGAAAUGGUACAUACAGACUUCUCUUGUCUUUCCACAACAGGGACCUUUAGUGAGCGAUGCACAUUCCAACCUGCUCCCAUUACAUUUCUUACACAAUCAGCACUAGACACAUAUGCAGAGUAUCCUUUACCACCCCCUGCCAAGAAAAACAGCCAAAAUUCACAAAUGGUUGUUCUCAAGCAUUCCUCACCCAAACCUCCUCGGAAAAUGUCCAAGAAGAUAACUCCUGUACCGAGUUCACCAGAAAAAUCAGUGUCAAGUAAUUCAGAUGUUAAUACUUGUCAGGUUUUGCAUCCGCCUAAAGCUUACCCAAAAGAAUCAUUACCUAUGCAGGUUAAAAUGUCAGGUCUUACCCCAAAAAGCUUUGAAUUAUCCAGUGCCUCAGAAAAUGACUCUAAAGAAUCUAAAGAACUAGCCAACUGUACCGGAGUUUUAACUGUUGCUGCUCCACAGAAUGGUAUGCAUUCAGAAAAGACAUUGUACAUGAGUCUAUCACCAGAGGAAAGCCUUCAAAGUCGAGUGCAAACUUCAGAGCCAGAAACUGGUGAAGCUACUCACGUCACUAUUCUAAUUCCUACAUCCAAUCCCACUUAUCUCCCCAAAGAUCAAAAUGGGAUAAACCAGCCUUUUAAUGAAAGUGUUCAGACACCACAGUGUCAGGCAAUGGUACCUCUUAUUAAUGUGAAUUCUGAACCAUUACUGCAGGCAAAUAACAGUUAUGACCUCAACUCAGCCUCUCCCAAAAAGAAAGAUACUGAGUCUUGUGCUCAAGUUGAUGAUGCCACAUCACCAAAAUAUCUUACUGAACCCUCAGAAUUAGUCACUAUGGCAACAAACUGUGCCUCUCAAAUGUUAAAACCACAGUCUGCAGACCUUCCUAUUGACUCACAAGCAUUAGGGACUAAUUCAUCAGGCUCUGAACAUGUUAUAUCACCUCAAGUUCACAACUACCCUAUGUCCACUCUGCAGACUCAGGAACUUCUUGUGCCAAAUCCACAGACUAAAGAACCUCCAGAACUAUUAUCACUUGUCUCCUUACCACAAGUUCAAAGUCACACAGUUUCAGCACCACAUUUCUCUAAGGAACUAGAACCUUCCAUAUCCUCAACGGCAAAUCUAGAAUCUUUAAGAACCUCAGAACCUAUUUUAGUAGCAGAACCAUCUGAACCACUUUCACAGUGUUUGAAACCCUCUGCAGCAUUAAUGUCACAUACAUUAGAAACAUCUUUGUCAUCAGUAAGUGAGGAGGUGGUUUCCAAGAUAUCAGACCCAUCAUUUUCAGACAUUAACGAGCCCAUUCGCCCUUCAAAAGAGCUGCCUUGUAUUACAGUGUUGGCUGAGAGCAUGUAUGGUGACUUUGAGCAGGCUAUGGACCACCUACGCUACCGGCUAAUAGCGACACGCAACCCUGAAGAGAUCAGGGGUGGAGGCCUGCUCAAGUACAGUAAUCUGCUUGUCCGGGACUUCAAACCUGCCUGUGAAACAGAAAUUAAGACUCUUGAGCGCUACAUGUGCUCACGGUUUUUUAUUGACUUCCCUGAUGUAAAUGAGCAGCAGCGCAAGAUUGAAUCAUACCUGCGCAACCACUUUAUUGGAGAGGAGAAAAGUAAAUAUGAUUACUUGAUGACACUUCGGAGAGUGGUCAAUGAGAGCACUGUGUGCUUGAUGGGACAUGAACGCCGUCAGACUCUCAAUAUGAUUACCAUUCUAGCACUUAAAGUCCUAGGUGAGCAGAACAUCAUUCCCAAUGCCAAUAAUGUUACCUGCUACUACCAACCAGCACCAUACAUGACAGACCACAACUUCAGUAACUAUUACAUUUCAAACGGCCAGUCCCCACUGAUAUAUCACCCCUAUCCACUACACAUACACAUGCAGUCUGGAUUAGUUUAGGUCUAAGUUUGUAACAUUGAUGGGAAAAGGCACAGGGAAAUCUCUGAAUCUUGCAACCUAAAAUAUCCACCACAAAUGACGUGCCCCAACACUUAACUGAAAAAACAAACAAACUAAAAAACUCCUUAAGUACCUAAGUGUUGGACAACAGUGUGUGUCAAUUAAGAUCUGAUACUGAAUAUAAGUGAGAAUUACGUAUACAAACCAUUGAAAAAGAAGGUUAAAACAAAUGUGUCACGUUUUAUUGAAAAAGGACAAUGGCAAG